UAGGGCUUUGGCGUUUUCAGACACGUAACCUCACGUUGACGGUACAUAUAUCCUCAGUUUGUGAUGACACCACGUAUCUCGUUCGCCAUACUUGCUGUCCAUUUUUACCUCCAACGCAAGGCAGAUGCCGUUAUACAGAAUAGGGAUAAUUUUUGAAAAGAUGUUCAGUAAGCUGCCCAACUCCUUACAGGGUACCAUGCAACCAGAAGCACCACCCUGGUGCCUCGGAUCUCACCGUUGGUUGAACAAAUGCUGGGAAAGCAUCCAGCAUUUGAUCACGCAGCAACUAGAAAACUUCACAAGGACACGUAAAAAAGCUGUUUUGGUGAUAGAUAGCAUGCAGAAACUAAUAUACGAUUGUACAUCAAAGCUUGAGAAGGUGAAACGCCUUGAGAAGGAUCUGGAGCAAAUACUUAGCAGACCUCUUUACGUGUGUUUGUUCAUAUUUUGGGUUGUUUUCAACAUCCUUUGUCCUGGAUAUAUAGAACAGCUGACUGAAAAUAAUUGUAAACACAUAUCAGAAAAAAGUGAAAUGCAGAAAUGUCAUCAACAUGAUCUGGGGGGCCGUCUUGACAAUUAUUCUACAGACUGUAAGUUUGAAGAUAUUCACGGUAAAUCUUCUAUGCUUGGCUCACCUGGAAUGACAAAUGUGGAUAAAUACAAUAACCAAGGUAAGUCAAAAUAGCAAUCAUGUAAAAUGACAAUUAAAUUAAUGUUUUGAAAUACUCGCCACUACUAUCCAGGGAACGGGUUAUUUUGAAUGUCUUAAAUUUCAAUGUAAAGCAAUUUUGAUUUUACAAGUUGUCCAAAAAAGUAAGCUUUUCAGCUUUAUAAACAAUGUUUUUUGAGAAAAAAAAAAACUGGUAACAAAUGCUAACACGUUUCACUGAAAACUAUAAUACUGUCAAACUACAAAUGGUAGACACUGUACUUUGCGUAAGAAUAUUUUUCAAUAUAGAUAAUAUUACAGUUUUUAAUGUAUAAAAACUAAGUUGGCACAUUC